UCGUGACGAGUGACAGCUAAAAAACUCGUGACAAAAAAAACUUGUUGUUAUUCGCUACUAUUUUCGAUUUCUUUGCACUAUUCAAGAAAAAUGAAGCUAUACCUCGUGUAUUUGAUAGUGCUUUUCAGCUUUUUCAAAGUGAAUGACGGAUUUUUAGGCAAGACGUUUACUCAGUUCCAGGAACUGGUUCGCAAGGAAAGAACGAAAAAUGCCCUGGAAAUCAAUGUGGGUGAGGUGGAGGGCUAUGCAUUCGAUCAAACUCUUGAUCACUUUGAAGUGAACCCUAAUCCAAGAAUAUUUAGCCAGAGAUUUUGGAGAAAUAAAGUUUAUUGGCGCGAAGAAGAUGGUCCUGUGUUUUUGUACGUUGGAGGCGAAGGUGGUCUCGAUGGUGUUGAGAUUUAUGCUGGUCACAUUGUGGACAUGGCAUCACAGUACAGAGCCCUACUGUUUUCUGUUGAGCACCGUUUCUAUGGAAAGAGUGUCUGUAAAGAUUGUUUAAAAGAUGAAAAUUUACCACUACUUUCCAGUGAACAAGCUUUGGCUGAUUUAGCAGUAUUUGUGGAAUUUGCAAAGGAAAAAUUUGGACUCACUAACAAGAACAGAUGGUUUACAUACGGRGGUUCAUAUCCUGGUUCUUUGGCAGCAUGGUUUAGAAUCAAGUACCCACAUCUAGUAUUUGGAGCGGUAGCAUCUUCUGCACCUGUCAAAGCUCAAGUCAACUUUGAAGGCUAUAACAAUGUUGUUGAAGCCAGUUUGAGUUCUCCAAUAGUUGGUGGAUCAGAUCAGUGUGCAGAAAACAUCAAAGCAGCAUUCCAGAAAAUGGAGAAUUUAGUCGCUAACAGGUCAUUCAUCAAACUGAAGACAGAUUUCAAAUCUUGUAAUGAUGUUUCCAGUCCAAAUGACACCUGGAUAUUCUCCCUCAAUUUGGCUUCCUUUAUCAUGGGGAUUGUACAAUACAAUGAACAAGUUCCUGGUUUAGAAAUAUCAUCUCUUUGUAAACGCAUGACAAAUGCAUCCAACAGUCCCUACGAAAAUUUUGCUAAGUUGUAUCAG